CCGGGGAGCGGGCGAGUGCCAAGUGGAAAGCUGAAUGCUGCUGAAACGUGUCAGCUGAAGAAACUUUAGAUCUAGAUUGUCCACCAAAUGGAACAGCUGCCAGAGCAAGUUCUUCCUUGCUGACCUGUUGACAUGCUUUAAUUGCAGAUUUCUGUGGAUACCAAAGCUCAAAACACAGUAUCAGUCUCAUCAUGAUGCUUGAACAUCUGUAGCUAACUACAGGAUUUUAAAAGGAAAUCCAGCAUGGCCUAGUUGGCUUGACCUUUGGAAAAUUUAUAAUGUCCUCUGGAACCAGUAUCAGCAAAAAUCGGCAGGCUCCGAGCCUGCAGGGUGUUGACCCAGAAACAUGCAUGAUAGUGUUUAGAACACACUGGGCACAGGUUCUGAAAAUCUUAGAGAAGCAUGAUCCUUUGAAAAACACUCAUGCAAAGUACGGGGCAAUUUCACCUGACGAGGCUAGCACUGUUCAGAAUUAUGUGGAGCACAUGCUUUUCUUGUUAAUUGAGGAGCAAGCAAAGGAUGCCUCAAUGGGGCCUAUUCUGGAGUUUGUGGUCUCAGAAAACAUCAUGGAGAAGCUUUUUCUUUGGAGCCUACGGCGAGAGUUCACCGAUGAGACAAAAAUCGAGCAACUCAAAAUGUAUGAAAUGCUAGUAACCCAGUCUCAUCAGCCUUUGCUGCAUCACAAGCCCAUCUUGAAGCCUUUGAUGAUGUUGCUGAGUUCCUGCUCAGGAACAGCCACUCCAACAGUGGAAACAGAGUUGGUCAUCCUCUUGAACCAGCUCUGCUCUAUAAUAGCCAAAGAUCCCUCUAUUUUAGAACUGUUUUUCCACACCAGCGAGGACCAAGGAGCUGCUAAUUUCCUCAUAUUUUCCCUGCUGAUUCCCUUCAUCCAUCGAGAAGGAACAGUAGGCCAACAGGCCCGUGAUGCACUGCUUUUCAUAAUGUCUCUGUCUGCAGAAAACAAUGUUGUUGCAAACCACAUAGCAGAAAACACCUAUUUUUGUCCAGUGCUAGCAACAGGACUAAGUGGCCUCUAUUCAUCUUUGCCUACAAAGCUGGAAGAAAAAGGAGAAGAGUGGCACUGUCUGCUGAAAGAUGACUGGCUCUUGUCACCAGCCCUUGUACAAUUCAUGAAUUCCCUUGAAUUUUGCAACGCUGUGAUACAGGUGGCACAUCCCUUGAUACGUAGCCAGCUUGUGAAUUACAUUUACAAUGGAUUUUUGGUGCCAGUAAUGGCUCCUGCGCUCCAUAAGGUGACUGUGGAAGAAGUGAUGACUACUACUGCAUACCUGGAUCUCUUUUUGCGUAGUGUUUCAGAGCCAGCCCUCCUCAAGAUUUUCCUCCGUUUUAUUUUGCUGCACCGACAUGAGAAUGUGCAUAUCCUAGAUACGCUUACUAGCCGAAUCAACACACCAUUCCGGCUCUGUGUGGUCUCCUUGGCAUUGUUCAGAACGCUCGUUGGCUUGCAUUGUGAAGAUGUGAUGUUACAGCUAGUUUUAAGGUAUCUGAUCCCAUGUAACCACAUGAUGUUGAGCCAGCGGUGGGCUGUGAAAGAGAGAGACUGUUACUCUGUAUCUGCUGCAAAACUGCUGGCCCUGACACCAGUCUGCUGCUCCACUGCGAUCACCUUGACACUUGAAAGCCAAGGAAAAGAUUAUAUUCUAUGGACAAAAGCAGUACAAACUAAAGAUUCUGGUAGACGUUCUUCUGAAUCUACUUGCAUUGUGGAAUAUGGAAGAACUGUGGACAUCAGCUACUUGCAGUACCUGGGGGAAGCUCAAGAAGCCAUCCUCCAGUGCCUGAAAGAUUGUAAGGUUUGGUCUGCCUUAUAUGAUGGAGUAAACCCUGAUCCAGACACCUUUAUCCAAACGCUUGCUGAGGAGAACAGUACAGAUGUUGAACACCCCAUGUUUUGGCUCCAGCAAAGGGCGCCUAGCAUGUGUAGCUCCUCUCAAGUAACUCCAUUCAGUGAGAAGAUGCAGUUGGAGCUAGAAUGGGAUGAUAGCUAUGACACAGGGAUUUCUCCUGGUUCUGAUGUGAGCUCACCACAACCAUAUGAUGAUAUGGGAAGCACAGAGAUGCAGCUGCCUGCAGAGCCACCAAAACACAUUCAAGAAAUGAAAAAAAAUGCCAUCAUGCUCAUCAAAGGAUCUUACAUAGAGGAAUCAGACUUUCAGGAUGAUGUUAUGGUUUACAGGUUAUGUGCCCAGAAGGAUACUCCAGAUGAUCACAACUCCAAGGAGAAAACUUUAAAUGCAGCCAGAGAACAUGAAGUCCAAAGCCAGACUGUAGUCAAUGGGCCUUGUGCAAAGAGCCAGCUGGAAAUGGACUUGGAUGAGCACAGUAAGAGAAAUUCAAGCUUGACUCAAGGUGUAAUGAAAGAACAAAUAAACCAGAAAAUGAUUGAGAUUGAUCCACAGCCAGACUCAGAGCUGAAGCUUUCUCCUCAGGAGGCAGAUCGUAACUUAAGUGUGAGACUGCUGAGCACAGAUGGUGAGGAUUUCAUUGCACAGUACGACAAAAUUAUUAAGGAACUGGAUCCAAACAGUGCAAGCUUGGAGGAGCAGAAGUUGGAUAUUCCUGACCCUGUCUCUCCUGCAGAAGAGGAGGAGGACUUUGAGAAUUUCUCAGCAGACACCCCUUCUGCAGAGAGCAUGUCGUCUCCCUUUGGACCAAAGGAGGAUGUCUCUCCCAAGCAUGCUGCGAGAAGCCAGAGUGCUCCUUUUACAGGACCGUUCAUCAGCGUAGUGUUGUCAAAGCUGGAGAACAUGCUGGAGAAUUCCUUGCAUGUAAAUUUGUUGCUUAUUGGGAUUAUUACUCAGCUGGCAAGUUAUCCACAGCCUCUUCUUCGCUCCUUUCUGCUCAACACCAACAUGGUGUUUCAGCCUAGUGUGCGGUCACUUUAUCAGGUGCUGGCAUCUGUGAAAAAUAAAAUUGAACAUUUUGCUUCCAUUGAAAAAGACUUCCCAGGUCUUCUCCUGGAGGCCCAACAGUACUUGCUUUUUCGUGUGGACAUGUCUGAUGCCGCGGAAGAACUGCUAAACAAAGGUAAUGUCCAGCACAGCAGCAACGCAGGCAAAGGAAGGAACCUCUCUGAAGCUUACUCUGCUGUAGUCCAGCCUUUCCUGGGACAGAAAGGAAAGAAAGGCCUGGCUCAUCCCGGCCUUCCUGCGCACGUGAGGAAUGCCAUACUUGCAGCUGCCCUUUUCCCAGAGUUCCUGAAGGAGCUGGCAGCUCUUGCCCAGGAACAUUCCAUUUUAUGUUACAAAAUACUGGGGGAUUUUGAGGAUUAUUAUUAG